AUGUCCGCUCCUCCCAACGAGGGCUACGGCCAGUACCCUGGGCAACCCGAGCAGCUUGAGCAGCCUGCCCAGGGCGGCUUCGCACCACAAGAUGCCGCCGCCGCGGCACCAUCGAAGAAAAAGAAGAGAGGAUACGCCGCCCAGGCAUUCGAGGUCGGUUCUGGAGCCAAUGCUGCUGUAGGAGGUCAAAUGCAAGGUGGCGGACAGCAGUACGGAAUGCCUGCCACACAGCAACCUGCCGCAUAUGGAAGCUAUCCGCAAGCUGAUCCUCAACAGCAAGUGUCUGGUCCUGGCUACCAGUACUCGCAAGCCCCCGUACAACCUCACCAACCAGCUUCAUAUGGAGCUUAUCCGGCCCCUGAUCAAAGCUAUACCAACGUUGCCCCUCAAAGCGCUGGUUCGGGAGUAGCUGGUAUCACGCAGGGUAUGGGUGGUAUGCAACUUGGCGGACAGCCUCCCCAACAGUAUCAACAGCCAGCCCAAACUGGCGCACCACAACCAGCCCGAGUUGGUCCGCUCAACCAGCUAUAUCCUACGGACCUAAUGAACAAUCCAUUCUCAGUUUCUGAACUAGACUUGCCGCCACCUCCGAUUGUUUUACCACCUAACUCGAGUGUGACGCCUUCUCCUGACGCCAAUUGCUCGCCACGUUAUAUUCGGUCGACGCUCAAUGCUGUUCCGACGACCAAUUCGCUGCUCAAGAAAUCCAAGCUUCCUUUUGCGCUGGUUAUCCAGCCAUACGGCGCCCUUCAUGAUGACGAGGACCAAAUUCCCAUUAUCCAAGACCAGGUCAUCGCACGUUGUCGCCGCUGCCGAACCUAUAUCAAUCCUUUCGUGACAUUCCUGGACCAUGGGCACCGAUGGAGAUGCAACAUGUGUAAUCUGAGCAACGAUGUUCCACAAGCAUUUGAUUGGGAUGCUGCCGCUCAACAGACAGUAGACCGAAUGCAGCGCCACGAGCUGAAUCACUCCGUCGUGGAGUUUGUUGCGCCACAAGAAUACAUGGUUCGACCUCCGCAGCCAUUGGUUUACCUCUUCGUGUUUGAUGUCAGCUAUGCCGCAAUUUCGAACGGCAUGUUGGCCACGAGUGCCCGCACGAUCCUCGAUAGCCUCAGUAGGAUCCCCAACGCUGAUAGGCGUACCCGGCUUGGAUUCCUGGCUGUGGAUACUAGCUUGCACUACUUUUCCAUUCCGAAAGAUGAAGACGAGAAUGGCGAGACCAACAUGCUUGUUGUUAGCGACUUGGAAGAGCCUUUUCUCCCUGUACCUCACGACCUACUCGUGUCUCUCACUGAAAGCCGUCAGAGCAUCGAGAAAUUUUUGCAAAAGCUGCCGGACAUGUUUCAGAAUAACCAUAGUAAUGGCUCUUGUAUGGGCUCGGCACUCAGGGCUGGCCACAAGCUUAUUUCCGCGCUUGGUGGGAAAAUCGUCGUAAUGACAGCCUCGUUACCCAACAUUGGUGAUGGCAAACUGGACAUGAGGGAAGACAAAAAACUUCUCGGGACAUCUAGGGAAGGCAGUCUCCUGCAGACUGCAAAUAGCUUCUAUAAGAGCUUUGCGGUUGAAUGCUCAAAGAACCAGGUUUCCAUUGACAUGUUUCUCUUCUCUUCGCAGUACCAAGAUGUUGCAUCGCUCAGCAACCUCCCACGAUACACUGGCGGACAGACAUGGUUCUACCCGGGCUGGCAUGCGUCGCGUCCGGAGGACGCAUUGAAAUUCGCGUCUGAAUUUAGCGACUAUUUGUCAUCGGAAAUAGGUCUUGAAGCCGUUCUUCGUGUCCGCGCCACAACUGGCCUUCGCAUGAAUGCGUUUUACGGCAAUUUUUUCAACCGCAGUUCAGACCUUUGUGCCUUUCCGGCAUUCCCACGCGAUCAGUGUUAUGUCGUUGAGGUAGCCAUUGACGAGAACUUGAACAAAAACUUUGUCUGCCUUCAAGCUGCGGUACUUCACACGACCUGCAAUGGGGAACGCAGGAUCCGCGUGCUUACCCUGUCUCUGCCGACCACCACAAACCUCUCUGAUGUGUAUGCGUCCGCCGACCAGUGUGCCAUCACCGCCUACUUCAGUCACAAGGCUGUAGAGCGGACUCUGGACAGCGGACUGGAGGCAGCAAGAGAUGCUUUACAAGCCAAGCUCACCGAGGUGCUCCAGACGUUUAAGAAGGAACUCGCGGGUGGCAGCAUGGGCGGAGGGGGUCUGCAGUUCCCUGCGAACCUGCGUGGCUUGCCUGUCUUGUUUCUCGGCCUCAUCAAGAACGUGGGAUUACGGAAAUCCACGCAGAUUCCAUCUGACAUCCGUUCUGCUGCGCUCUGUCUCCUCUCCACAUUGCCCGUGCCACUGUUGAUGCGCUACAUUUACCCCAGAAUGUACUCUCUGCAUGACAUGCCUGACAAUGCAGGCAUGCCAGAUGAAGAAACCGGCCAAAUUGUUUUGCCACCUGCUAUAAACCUGUCAUCGGAGCGGCUUGUCCCAUAUGGACUGUACUUGAUUGACGACGGACAGACCCAGUUCCUUUGGGUUGGACGCGAGGCUAUACCCCAGCUCAUUGCGGAUGUUUUUGGAGUUGAUGAUCGAACACAAGUACAAGUUGGCAAGGGCCGGGUUCCUGAACUGGAAAAUGACUUCAACGAGCGCGUGAGGGCGGUAAUUCAAAAGAGCAAAGAUCACAAGUCACUUGGAGUCGGAAGCAUUACUGUUCCUCACCUAUACGUAGUCAGGGAGGAUGGCGAACCUAGCUUGAAGCUUUGGGCGCAAACACUACUUGUGGAGGAUCGGGCAGAUCAAGGAGUCAGUGCGGCUCAAUGGCUUGGAGUGCUAAGAGAGAAGGUUGUUCAAUAA